GAUGCCAUUCGGGGAUGUCCUUAGUUAUAGCCAGUAACUAAUUCAGUUUGGUGAAGUAAGGUGUAACAAACUGUUUCUAGGAAAGAUGGUUACUUUGAAGAUUCACCUUCGAGUUGUGGGCUACGCUUUGCUGCUGGUAGGAUCUGUUCUUGCGCAAAACACAUCUACACAGAGUGCGACAAUGGCCACCGAUCCCACCACAACCUUAGCUGAGCUGACCACCACUGAAAAAACAUAUGGCAGCGAGUUGGAGCGGUUCUUUGCCGAUGACCACAACAAGGCUAUGUACCUGGUCCUUCCCUGUAUUGUGUUGGUGUAUGGUGGUUGUGGUGUCAUCUACUGCUGCAGCCGAAUACGGCGCUACUUCCAGAGAGAGAAACGUCGUAAGCGACGGGAAAUGUUGGCAGUUCAGAAUGGUGGAUACGAUGACCAAGAUGUAUCUCCCCCUCAGAAUCAACCCUUCACUAGUGCUCCUCCUCCAAAUCCGGCGUCCCUAAAACCAACUGCUCCAUAUUACAAUCAAGGACAACAAUGGAAGGCCGAAGAUUGCCUGGCGCUUGAGGUAUCAGAGAUUGACAAUCAGCUGAAGCAAGCAUUCGCUAUGAUUGAUGAUGUCACCAAAGACAUCAAGAACAAACGCACGUUUGAGAACCGAUCGAAACCGGAUAUCGCUCGUCAAGCCGGCGAAAACGAUGCAGAGAUCAGAAAGAAAAGAAGGUACAAGUACAAGCAUUUCACCAGUGCUAAUUAAACAUCAGUGGAAAACUGUCCCAAUCGUUGGGAAUAGCCACUUUAAGAAUAUUUUACAAACUUGGUGGCUCCUAUUAAACAUGUAUAAAAACACCUUAAAACCCACUUUUGUUUUUUCGACCGUCAAAUCCGCACUUGUGUUAAUUAAUAUUUUAUGUUGUUGUUGACGUUACAACCACAGCGAAAAAUGUUCAAACAUAUGUUUUAUCUUUAAAUGUGUGCCGGUGGACUUGUUUAGCUUUGCAAUGUUUCAUCAUGAAAAUGCAGAAAUAAGAGGGUUGAUUAAUUGGUCCCAAACUUCACAUAAAAGAAAAAUAAUUAUAUAAUUCUGCCAACUUUUGUUGAAACUAGAGACAUUUUGACAAGUUAGUAGAAGAAGCCUAGGUCUGGCAUCCGAGGGCUUUGGAAAAUGAAAGACUUGAGAAAUGUGCAGUGAUCAAGUACUCUAAAAUAGGUUUAAGACUGAAAUCCCCAACUCAGGUUAUGAGAACAACAUCAGAGAAAGAUGCCUCUUGCUAUGCCACCGUAAAUAAGUGGGCAUCAGAGUAACAUGUGACUGGGUGUGCAGCCCCAUCCUGAAGGUGAGUCACGUCAGCAGCACCAGGCGAUGAUUGGAAAUGGAUGAGAGUCAAACUGAUACUUCACUAGACACUUAUCACGAGAGAGACAUUCCAUUUUCAAAGAAAACAUGACAAUAAAGAAAGUGCAUUGGGUUCCAAAACUUUUACCAUCUAACUGUUAGCUGUUUCAAUCCACUUUGAGUACAAGCUUUUGAUAUUACCACCACAGACACUGUCCCUCGGAAAUCUUGGAUCCGUAGGGUACUAUCAUAGUUUCCAUAAUGCAAAGGCCAGACAAUAAACACAUCACUAUCAUCCUUCACUUUAGGGGCAUAUAUGUGAAAAAUCAAGGUAUAAGAGUAGAUGAGAAAAGGCAAUGACUCUUUCAUCAUGACUUCAUGUCGUCUUGAACGAUAACGUUAAAGCAGCCUUGGACAACAUUGACACAGUUGGCAAACAUGUAUCAAUGUGGAAAGAUAAAAAUAUGUUUGUCAGAAAAAGCGUUCCUAUCAAUCGACCCUCGUAGCCUAUUUAUGUUUUUACAAUAUUAUAGUUGUUUUAUUGGACUAAUCGUGAACCAGUGAGUUUUAUGUGCAGCAAUGAGUACUAUUUAUGCAUCACUUUCACGGUUUACGUAUUUCGUAUUACGCUUGAGUCUAAUUGUUGACAAUGAAUAUGCAUCUGUCCUUUUGCUGUACUAUAGCACAUCGCUUUUGAAUGUGUACUUCUUUUAUUAUCACAAACACAGAAUCAAGUGCAACAAUUCAGCGAGACUGUUUGCAAAAGUACGACUAUAACUAUGUUGGUUGUGAAUUUAUGAGUUGUUGCUUAUAAUUUAUUCAUCAAUUAAUUCCUACACCAGUUACUCAAUAUAAACCGUUUCAAUAACUCAUUCGUCAUAGUUUCAUCUAGAUAGGUAUUCGUAAGUGCCUUAAGCCUGUAUGUCCUUAAAAUGUGUAAAUAUUGACAAAAUGCUCAACACUUGUAUUUUAAGUAUAAUAUAUUUUUGUCUCGCAUCUGACUCACAUAACCUUUCUACGCUUCGCUAUUUGACCAGCAACAAACGUUGUACAAUUGCUUAUGGACACUUGCAUACGUUUUGGAAAAUAUGCAUUCUCUCCCAAUGUAAACAAGGGAGAUUUAUAUAUUGAUUAAAUGGUAUUUUCAAAUAAUCUGAAAACAAAUUCAUAUCAUAUGUCAGUUCUGUUCCAUUUGUAUUGAUAAUAGCGUAUUAUUUUGAUACAGCACAACAUCUUAACUCAUUGUCCACACGUCUUUAUAUACUCACCCCUGCAGCUCCUUCAUUAGUGUCGUGUGUGAAUAUAAACAAAUACAUCAGCAUAUAUCAGAUUAAUUUGGUAUCAAAUGUUUAUCGAUGUUUGUUUCGGUGGCGUUUAGUGUCGCAGUGGCUUUCUACUUUCAGACAAUUGUAUACAAAACUUUCUUUAUUCGGAUUGUAUAAUAUAGUAAUAUACUAUAUUCCUUUGAUACCCCGAUCUCGACAGCAUAGACUUAAUCUGUCAUGUAACUAACUCUUUUAUGCUCAUACCAAUAAGGAAAGUGAUGAUAGCUGAGAGGAUUAACAUUGAAUUGCAAAUUUUAUUACCAGUUGUUCUGUAUCAACCUCUGAGUAACCUCAACAGAUAAAUACAAUCCUCUAAUAUUUGUAUCAAAGCGCAAUGUGAUAUUUCUAGUACCUUUGCUGCUGACGAAUGUAAUAUUAUAGAGAUACUUCUGUAUUAUUGGAGGAUAUUGCACCGAUUGUUGUUCUUUUUUAACGUUGCUGUUGAAUAAAACUGUCUACAGAA